AUGUAAGAAAUAAAAUAUCCAGACUUAAAUAUUUAAAGCUAAGAAACUCUAUCAUAAUAAUUAUUUGAAAAUAAUAAUUAGAAUAUUAAAUUUAUUCCUGUAAUAAUACCUAAUCAGAAUUAAUUUCCAUAAAUUACUUAAGCUCAACCAAUAUUUUAAAAUAAUCAAAUAGCUCCAUAUUAAGAAUAUUCAAAUUAUCAAAUCACACAAUAAUAACAAACAAAAUCUAAUUUAAUAAAAGAUUAAGAUUUUUUACAAUAAAAGAAAUUUUUGAAAAAAAUUUUGGGAAUUUUUAUUCUUUGGACAAUUAUAGCCUGUUUACUUUACUUUUUCUUCUGUCUCUAUUUAUUAGAAAUUUCAAGAAUUGGAAUAGAGUUUUAUAUAAUAUUGAUUAUUUCAAUUAUAUCAAUACCAAUACUGAUUAAAGUUGGAUUGGAUCAAAAUCAUAGAAAUGUAUAAUUAUAAUAUCAAUUUUUUAGAAAUAACAUAGUAUUGCAAUCUUGAUAGGAUUAAUAAUAAGCCAUACACUUUUUUAUUAAGGAAUUUUCGGCAUUAUUAUGAAAAUAACUAAUGAUGGUUGGGCAUGUAUUUAUUUUCUCCUAUAAAAGCGGUGGCUAUUUUUUUAAUUUUCCUUAUAAUUACAGGGAUAAACUUUUUUGCUAAUUUCAUAAUGAUGAUUUAUAUAAGUAUAGAAAAUAAUCAAAUUAGAAGUUCUUGUAAUAAUUUAUAAAUUCAUUUUAGAUGUUUGUUUUGCACAACUAAUUUUUAUUUGUCUUUUCGUAAUUAUACUAAAAGAAUUAUCAUAUUUUUUAGUUUUCGCCAUUCCAUACCCAUUUUGUGUUAUGAAUGUACUAAAGUAAAUCCUCAAAGGAAGAGUAAAUUAUUUGUUUUAAUAGAUUAGUUUAAUUUGUAAGAUGAUCAAAUAUUUACAGCCUCAAUAGCAGCCUUUUAUGGUAUGUUUAUUUGUUGUUAAGAUUGUGAUUGA